UCUCGGGAGACAAUGAUCACUUCUUGGCAGUUCACCAAAGAAAGGCUGGAAAACCUUUGUUUAUCUAUCAUCAUGCACAGAACAUUGCCAAAAGCUUAAACAGUGACAGCAUGAAGACGCACAGCAGCAUGGGCCAUUAUUCACCAGAGACACGAGUUAGUAAACUCCCAGCAGUCUUCAUGAAAUCGGCUUUUCACAGAGACCCUAAUGACCAGUUUCCUCAUCUACUGGCAAGUAAUAAUGCUGAUUCGGAAAUGGAAAGCCAUCCUAUUUCAUCAACAAACUUGAUUAGUGUGACAACUCAAACAGAUGUGAACAAACUGAAUGCCACAUCACUUCGGAUAUUUCGCAGUGGAAUGGCUGCAGCUCUGGGUGUUUUACCACAACAAGUCCAUAUUACUCACCUUAAUAAAAAGAAGAACUCUGUGGAGUUGUUUGUGACUCCACUGAGUCACAAAUCCAACCUCGUGGAACCUUAUCGUUCUGAUGAAGUGAUGCAGUCCCUGAAUAUGAACAUUCUUCGGCACACUCUUUCCCAUUUUGGAAUCUCAGAAGUUUCUUCAGAGAAUGUGCUGCGAGGACAACACGAAAGGGACAAAGUCUGGAGCAAAGAGGGAUUUUAUGCUGUUGUCAUAUUUUUCACCAUUUUUGUUAUCAUUGUGACAUGUCUCAUGGUUCUUUAUAGGCUGAAAGAAAAGCUUCAGUUUCCUGACAGCCUAGAUAAGACACAUAGCAGAGAAAUUCACCUGUCCCCCAUUCCAGUUUGCACAACACGAGCAGAAGUGAAACCUUCCAACAGCAUGGUCCAGCCAGAAUUAGUCCACGAGGCUGUUAGUGUUAAUGUGGAUCCUCAGAGCCAGUGUCUGCCAGACUGCAAGCCUUGUCCAUCUCCUUUUAAAAUGAAACCAGUUGGCCUUCAGGAAAGACGGGGCUCAAAUGUCUCUCUCACUCUGGAUAUGAGUAUACUGGGAAACACAGAGCCUUUGAAUGUUGUGCCAACUCCUCGUGAAAAAGCAGCUGUGGAGUACCUGCAAUCAGCCAGUCGUGUCUUGACAAGGCAACAGCUCAGAGAUGUUAUUGCAAACCCAAAAUCUUUGCAAACAGAAUUUACGGAGAUACCAAUGAACUUUGGAGACCCAAAGGAGCUGGACAUUCCAAGUCAUGGAACAAAAAAUAGAUAUAAAACCAUCUUGCCAAAUUCCCAAAGCAGAGUGUGUCUGAAACCAAAGAGCACAAAUGAUCCUCUUAGCACAUACAUCAAUGCAAACUAUAUCAGGGGGUACAAUGGAAAAGAGAAGGCCUUCAUUGCUACCCAAGGCCCAAUGAUUAACACUGUAAAUGACUUCUGGCAGAUGGUCUGGCAGGAGAGCUGUCCUGUUAUAGUGAUGAUAACCAAACUGAAAGAGAAAAGUGAGAAAUGUGUGCUUUACUGGCCAGAGAAACGUGGGAUAUAUGGAAAAGUUGAAGUUAUUAUCAAUAGUGUCAAAGACUAUGGAUACUAUACUGUCCGGAAUAUGACCCUGAAGUGUGGUGGACAGUCGCAAUCUGUAAAGCACUACUGGUAUACAUCAUGGCCUGACCAUAAAACCCCCGACAGUGCACAGCCCCUCUUACAACUAAUGCUUAGUGUAGAAGAAGACAGACUUACUUCACCCAGCAAAGGUCCUGUGGUUGUUCAUUGCAGUGCUGGAAUUGGACGCACAGGUUGCUUCAUUGCUACUACAAUUGGUUGCCAACAGCUAAAAGAGGAAGGGGUCAUUGACAUAUUAGGCAUUGUUUGCAAGUUACGAAUUGACAGGGGAGGAAUGGUUCAGACGAGUGAACAGUAUGAAUUUGUACACCAUGCACUGAGCCUGUAUGAAAAACGACUCUCUGCAGAAGCAGUUGAAUGAAUGAACCAUACAUAUUUAGGCAGUUAUCCUGCCAAGGGAAUUAGACCUCAUACAUGGUCAUUGCAGCAUCUUGCUUGAAAACAUAUGCCGAAGGUGAAGGACUUAAGUGAAAUCCUCACAAGGGACUGUGACUUAUGGACAUCACUGGAUCUAUAAUGAAUGUACUAUACAUGUAGCAAAUCCAUGAGCUACUACAAACUGUACUGUACAUGAAAGGUUUAGAUGUGUAUAAAGAUGGACUUCUUUGAUUGAUGACAUCUAUCACACAAAAGCUCUUUUGGUUGUUAUUGCAAUAAGGUAUGUAGUGGAAUUCCUGCUAGUGACAUGGUCGGAUAGUUUAUAAAUGUUUAAGUCUUUCUGUAUUGUGAACAGACAUUUAGUUGUAAUGUCAAGUGCUGUCAUGUACUGUGUGGAAAGCUGUUUUCUUUGCCACAUAAGGUCUUUCCUGCUAAAGGUCUAUUGUGUUUUAAUUACUGUUUUUAAAUCGGUCAACCUUUGAUGAUAUUUGAAAGCAGUUAAUAUUUUAUAUGUGCAUUCUUAAUGCAACAAUGAAUUUAUUAUAUAUUAUACUAAGCGUAUAAAGCUGUUAUAACCAGAUAACUAAUUGUCAGCAUAUAUCCAUGUGUGUUGUGAAUUAUCAGAUCUGUUUAGGAACAUGCUUAUGCCUGAAAUGCAAUAGCUGUACUUGUUGUGGGUUUAUAAUUUUUUAACAAAUUGUCCAGCUAUGACUGUAAUAUGUUAUAAUAAUACUUCUGUAGCUACAACUAUCAGCAGGAAUAUUGUAGGAUUUUGAUAAUGUAUAAUAUCUCUUUGUAUAACAGAGAUAUUUUUGAAGACUUAUGGCAGUAGUUUGUUUAUGACAAAAUCAGUGAUGCAUUGUCACCAUCUUAAAACAUUUGCUUGUUUUUAUUUGCAAGGGUUAACUUUAUGCUAAAAGAGGCCAACAUACAAAAACCAAAGCUUAUUAUAGUGAAGGUGAAGCAGUUGUGGACUGACACAGUUGCUUAGUGUACACUGCUACUUUUGCAUCAUUCUGCCAAUAAACCACUGUUAACAAAAAUA